AUGGUGAAAGAGAACAGUUCAAUAUGGAAGAAUAUAAAAGGCAAGUUGAGUUUAGUUCCACCAGGAGCCACACCACCAAACUGGAAAACUAUUGGUCUCAUGUUUAUGUCUUUGUUUGGAAGUGCAUUUGGAUUGGUUUUCUUGUUUCCUUUUUUACCUGAAAUGAUCCUGUCGUUUGGGUAUACAGAAGAAGAAAAAGGCUAUUAUGCUGGUCUGGUUGCUUCUAGUGUAUUUGCUGGUAGGGCAUUAAGCAAUUAUUUAUGGGGAUAUCUGUCUGAUAUUAAAGGGAGAAAACUGGUGUUACUGAUCAGUAUAUUACUAAAUGGUUUAUUCUGUUUUGCAUUUGGUUUUUCCAAAAAUCUAGUCAUGGCACUUGUGUUCCGUUUCUGUGCUGGCGCUUGUAAUGGUAUUAUAGGAACAGUAAAAACAGUAUUAUAUGAAAUAUCAGAUGAUACAAACCAAGCUGUUUGUAUGUCAGUAUUAUCUCUAUCCUGGGGAAUGGGAUUAAUCGUAGGCCCUUCUGUAGGAGGUUGGCUAGCCUCGCCUAAUAAAAAAUACCCUGAUGUAUUUGGUGAUAACUGGUUUUUUGAGAUGUUUCCCUAUAUAUUACCUGGUAGUUUUUGUUUUCUCUGGUCUUUCAUAUCAUUUGCUGUUGUUUAUUUCCAAUUUGAAGAAACUUAUCAAUUAAAAAAUACAGUAACCAUUAUUGACGACCCAAAUGAAAGUGAGGAAUCCAAGUUUUUAAGUGCAGGUGAUUAUCCACAGAAUAAAUCAGUGCACAGUUUACGAUCAGCGCAUUUUUCUGCCAUAUCAUGCGAAGACUUACAUUGUGAGGUGGAGGCAGGAACAUUUUUGGCACAAGAGAAACUAAGAAAAGAAGAACUGGCUCGAUCUUUUGAAAAUCUUCGACGCUACACAGCCAAUCAUAACAUUACUAUUACUGUAACUGAUGAAAACUCUGAUAUCAUUUUAAUGGAGAAACCUCCGAAAAUAGACAAAAAUGAUACAAAAGUGACUAAAAAUGAUAACCAUGCAGUUGAUGAUAGCUGUAAACAGAUAACAGAGAAGACACAGUUGACAGAAAACGUAGUUAAAGAUGAACAGAGAUCAUUUUCCAUGUGUUACAGAGUUUGUACUCCCAUGGGUAUAUUACGUGAACCUAAUGUAAGAAAUAGUAUAUUAAUGUAUACAAUAUAUUCCUUCGCUGUGAUUGGUUUUGAAGAUGUUUUCACCAUCUGGGCAUCAACAGAGAGAAGGUUAGAUGGGUUAGAGUUUAAUACUAGUGAAAUAGGAACAUGUAUGGGAGCAGUAGCUAUACCAUUAUUAAUAUUACAAAUUAAAUUCUACCCACUAAUAGUCAGUAAAUUAGGGGUCAUUCAGACGUUUAUAAUAUUUAAUAUAGUAUCAUUAGUUUGUGUUCAGAUUAUGCCAACACUACAUCUAUUACAGUCAGAGCAAAAGUCAACAUUAUGGGCCUUGGUAAUUAUUUUAUUAUUGGCCCAGAAAUUAGGGGCAACGUGUUGUUUUAGUGGGUCAGCUAUAUUGAUAAAUAACUCCUGUCUCCCCAGUGUAGUGGGCACUGCUAACGGUAUUGCUAUGACUUCUACAGCUUUAGCUAGAACACUCGCACCAACUAUAGGAGGUAGUAUGUUUGCCUGGUCUGUGUCCAACAGUCUUGGUCCACCAUUUGAUGUGAAUUUAGCGUUUGUACUCAUGGGACUGGUGCUGACUUUUAGUGGUAUAUUUAGUAUUAUGCUUCCAAAGUCUUUAAAUAAACAGAGAAAAGCUGUCUAG